AUGAAUUUGUUGAAAACAGGCUCGAGAGGCAAACCCAGCAACAUUUCGACAAGUACUGUUUCAACGGGAAUCAAUAACUCGGGGGCUUCUGGCUCGAAGAGAAAAGACAAUGAGAUAGAAAGUCUCAUCGCUCGAGGUCAUUUCAAACAGUACGUGAAGAGACAGGGCUAUGGAUACAACCAGCCCAGUCUGCCCAAUAACCCAAAUAACCAAGGGUUACAACCUCUUCCUAUUGAAGGAGAGAACAUCUUGGUUAUUUCGGGAGGGCCAAAUAUCACAGGGGAGAGCAGUAACUCCCAAAAGAGAUAUGUGAAAGAGAUAAAGAAUGAGGAGUCGGAAUUCGCCCAAGAACCUUCUAAGAAGGUGAAAACUGAGGAACCUCUAAUCAUAUUCACGGAGGAAGAUGAGAAGAACUUGAGAUAUCCUCACGUCGAUCCAUUAGUGAUUACCAUUCAACCCGCUAAUAAGAAAAUAAAGAGGGUGUUAAUAGAUACCGGAAGCUCAGUAAAUAUCCUUUAUAAGGAAACACUGAGGAAUAUGGGGCUCGAAAAAUCAAAUUGA